UACAAUAUUUUCACUACAGGUGCCUCUAGGACAGUACCUGGAUAUGACAAGGAAUAUAUAAUUAUCAUGAGGUUGCUCUUGAGAAUGUUGGCAAACUACUGCAAGAAGUUCUUUCCACCUGAAUGAAUAUGUGAACACCAACAAAGGGAUACAUGUACACUGUACCUCGUUAACACUUAGAUGUCUGCACACCACCAAGCCAGGAUAAGUAACAUGUCUGUAGAGAUCAAAGCCUUGAGUUAAUAGCAAACUGUUGCUCAUGAAAGUAAACAUAUAAAACAUAAACAAGAUCUUCAACAUGGAAAAGAAGGGAAAAGAUGAUGAAGCACCCAGGGAUUUUAAGCCUCAAGUGAAAGACCUUUUAGCACACAUGGACCCUAUGAUAUAUCUGGCAGGGACUGCUGACAAUACCUCAGAAAUGCUGUCAUACCUUGCUGACAUGGAUCCUGCAUUUCAUAAGUUGCAGUUAGUUAAAAAUUUGAGAAAAGGAAUGCGGGAAGAGCUCAGUAAAGCUAUAGAGGGCCAUGUUGAAAAUUAUCUGGAGGAACAAAAAGGGAAGAUGCGAUCUGAGAAUCCCAUUGAUUUCCUAGUAGAAAGGAUUGAAUCAGAUGAUGUAUUUAAUGAUUUUGUAAAAAAUGUUAGGACAAACAUGGAAAAUUCUGUGCAGUACAUUACAAAUCAUUUUGAUGAUGAAAUAGUGACAGGAAUGUUUGCAAAUGAUGAAGAUGAGAACACAUAUAAUGUCAGUCCAAAUGAUUCAAAUGAGUCUUCUCUAAAUUCGUCAUUAAAUCAGUCUGGACUGUUGUUUUUGCACCCUGCACAAUAUCAUAACAUAGCCAAAAGCCUUCAAAACAAAAAAGAAAUGGAAACUUUGAGUGAUUCUUUAAAUAUUUUAUUAGCAGUGACACCUGGAGAACCAGUGAUGCAAGAUUGUUGGCCUGAGAUAAAGAAAGGAUUAAGAGAAUGUCUUUUGGAUGAUGUACCUGAAAUAUUUGACAAGGCUUUGAAAGUACAUUGUAAACUUUUAACAUCUCAAGUACAUAAUGCAGUAAAAGAGGCAUAUCUAAAUCUUUUAAGUGCUGUAGCUGGUUUUUAUAUGUCCAAGAGGUUUCUUUCAAAAAUUCCAUUAAAAGGAGACAAUGUUAAUUUGCACUCAUGUGAGAGUAUCAUUAGACUCUUAAAGAUCUUAAUUGAGUUUCAGAAGGAACUUCCACUCCUUUGGAUAAGAUAUCCAGAAAGAUUUGUUGAUGACAUGGUUGAAGCAACAUUUAAUCUUCUGGGUUUAAAUCUUUCCAUGAAGGAUAAUAAACAAAUGACAGCACUGGAUAUGUAUUGCCUAGUAGACCCUGAAGCAUCAUGGCUGAAAAGGUGGGUACAUGGUCAGUGGGGAAGAAGUAAAACUUUUUCUGCAAUGAGAAGUAAUUCAAUGGUUCUCUUUCACUCUGUAUCAGUUUGUAUUAACUACUUGGAAAAUUUGGCAGAAAUCUCACUGUCAGACACUAGAGAUGUAAUUAGUUCUAGUCUUUUAGCUCAUUUAAGAUUCAUGCAUGGUAUUAACCUCAUCAUGUCAGUCCUUGAAUUUUCUGAUGGAAGGAAACUCUUUCCAGUCAAUGUUCCUUCCAAGGAGGAACUGGUGACCAUGCAGGGAAUAAUCCAAACACUGAUUAGAGCACUUAACAGCAAUACAUCUGCAUUAAUAAAUAAAGAAGUAAGCAGCCUCUUACAAAAUUUUUGUUCUCACGAUGAAAUGAAGAGCUGGAUCUUGUGUGAUGCUGGAGUUGUGGAAUUACUUCUUCAAGAAGUGAGCAGUUCUGAAAAAUUUCCUGAUGAUAAAAAGGAGAUGAAAGGAGAGUUGGAAAAAAAGAUUCCAGUCAGUUAUAUUAAGGCAGUUCUUGUUAUUCUGGACACCAUUUUAUCAACUAAUAAUGGACAAAAGUACAUAUUACUUGGAAGAAAAAGGAAAUCUAGUUCUAAAUCAGGGUUGUCUGGGAUUAUUAACAGCCCAGCACAUGAAGUGAUGAGUUUGGUCUUACGACUAUUGAGAAAUAAGCAAACAAGUUCAGACAUGAAGAGACUUGCCAUCAGUGUGUGCUGUAACUUACUUGCCUCACCAGUAGGUAUACACAUGUGUGCUCAACAUCCUCUCAUAGAAAGUGUAAUUGAACAUCUGAAGAAUAAAAGUAAGUCAGUGUCAACAGAAAGAAAAUUGGAAGAAAUUGAAUCAAGAGCAAGUAUGUCGCUUCAUCUUAGUGUUCCUCAGUCACUUCCUCUGUUGACCACACUGCUGCUCUCAUAUAAAGGAUUCUUUCUCCUGGCAAGAGAGGGUGUCUUACCUUUGGCACUUACACAGGUCUUACCAGAGAUGGCCAGAAAGGGCACCUUAAAUGCCAAAAUUCUUGCCAGUGUUUGCUGUUCACCUGAAGGAUGUUCGGUUGUUGCCAGUUUAAAAGUCUUGCAGCCAUUCUGGGACAUUCUUUGCCAUGUAGCAAAGGGGCAGGAGCUGAUGCAGCAGCCUCCUACAGAAGAGGAGAAGGAAGAAGCCAUAGAAGCAGCAGAAGCACCUCUCCUGGCAUUAACAGCAACAUAUCAAGGAACACAACUUAUCUUCAGUGAACAAGGUUUACUAACACCUAUAUCUGAGUCCCUCUACUCUACCAGUGAAAUGUUAACACAAAUGCACACCAUUGCUUUAAGACUCCUGGGAUCUGCCACAUCUGUCCUUGACUCUGUAGCAUUCCUCCAAGCUUCCUUCGGUUAUCAGGAGGAGCUGCUUGCACAACAACACCACCUGAGAUGUGGAGAAGGGGAUUCUGUCAUUGUCGAUGAAAACUCCAUUCUUCGGAAUCACAUAUUAGUGAAAUCUUACCUGAUGGGUGGUGGCAGUGAGAGAUGGCUUCCUCCUCUUGCUGUUGAAGAGAUGUCUACACCAAGCAUACCUCCGCUCUUCACUCAUUAUCCACCGCCAAGGGAUUAUAUUCCUGAAAAGCCUAUCCGGUCCAUGCACAAAAAACAGAAUGAAGUGUGGAGAUUUCUCACAGAUACUCGCCACGGUCUUCAUGAUGUAGGUUGGCUCAAUCACUGUCGUAAGGCUGUCCGUGCCGUCCUUUUGUCUGGAGAGCAUAUCAAGAGCUGGUUGGUGAUGGACAUCAUAGACCAUUCUGUUCGUGUCUUCUUGGCCUCUGCUGAGGAGUUGCUGCCUGGCUCAAGCACCUCCCUGCCUGCCUCCUCCACAGCUACUACACCUACUUCCCCUCCACCUGCUUCUGCUUCUAAUACCUUUAACUUAGUUCCGGGAGUAACCCUGUCAUCUGCCUCAACACCAGUUUCUCUCAGUAAUGAGGGUUUGGAAUUGCAGCUUCUCUCAGAAUCUCAGAAAGCUGUUCUAGAUUUAGUUUUGAGGUAUGGUAGUGAGCUUCAAAUUCUGAAUGCCAAUGGAAAUGUGCGUGAGAACCUAAUUGAAGUCUUGAAGUACACACAAUCAAACAUUUUUCGUUCAUCAUCUGACAAGUGUGAUUGGUUCACAAUGAUUAUAUUCCUUAUAUAUGGUGGGAAUGUUGAGAGAUGCCGCUGUGCUUUAGCAAAUUUGAGUGGGCUGCUUGUUGGGGGUGUUUUAUGGCCCUCAUUUGCAGACUCUCUGACAAACUCGCAUGAAAUAAUGCCUGGACAGAUGACCUUGGCAGGAAUCAUCCAUAAUGUCCAACUUGUUUUAAGUAUAGAAAUUCCAACUCUCUACUUGGCUUUGCAGGCCAGCGAGACAUGUUUGUGGAAUGUUGUCGGGGAGUGGGUCCGAUGUAUAUUUCUUGGUGUGCUGCCCUGGGUGGAGGUGUGUCACUAUUUGAUCCUGGUGCUGCUUCAAGGACCUGACUAUGCUGUGUAUUUUGUUGUUGCUCUUCUCAGACAUAUGAAGGGUGUUAUCAUCAAGUAUGCAGGGUCUUACAAAUCUCUUGUUGCUUUGCAGACUGGUGUUAUUUAUGGAUGGAGUGCUGGUGACCACCUGAAUUUCAUGGAGGCCCUAUCCCGUCGUCAUCGUCGCACAAUACUGCCUGCACUUGUCAACUCCUUGUGUAAUCUACGCCGCCAAUGCACUCCACAUCAGUUAUAACAAACAUUAAAGCAGGUGCAGUACUUAUACAAUGACUAAUAAACAAUAUUCCUAGCUAAAGUAGCGGUCUGCUUAAAGCUACUGCAGAAUAAAAAAUCACAAUAUUGCACCACAGUAUUGGAACAAAUCAUAAAAUGAUCUCAUAUUCGAAAUGCCAUCAUGUUUUCAUUCUUAGUUUGGAGCUUUUAGUGAUCCCUCAUAUUCAGAAUGCUCAUAAGCAUUUUCAGUAUAAUAAUGACCUCUGUAUUAAAGUGAAAAAGCCUGCUAUGCAGGCAAAAAAUAUUCUAAGUAGAGACACCCCAGUGUUGCCCAUAUGUCUUAUUCAUCAACUUUUCAGUAUUGUAUACCAUUAUUGUAAUGAAGUGCCUCUCACACAGACAUGAUCAGAACCUGUGGUUCACAAGAUGAUGAACAAUUUGUAUGUCAUGUUAUCUUUGUUAUCCUCAUAUUUAAGCUCUGCAGACGAUAUGAAAACACUGUUGACUUUUAUUGACUGUUGUGCAGGAAAUGGCUAAUUUAGCCUUAUCUGUUAAUUAGCCCCUCCUGAACCAUCUUAUGGCUGAAAAUAUAUGGCAGGUAAGGAAAGACUUCAGCCUAGUACCUGGUAUGUGUGAGUGCAGAUGGGAGGUAAACUGUUAUAUUCAUAGGAAAGCAUCAGACCUGUAAGGUUCAUACAUAAUCUUGGAAAUGGGGAUAAUUAGGUUUAAUCCAUGGAAGGUUUGCUCCAAGUCUCAGAAUCAAGAGCCUUUCACUAGCAUCAAGACACUUCCUUACAAAGGAUGAGUAAAAGGAGUGUUGUCAUGGGAAGACUGUAAAACCUUGACACCUAAAAAAAAAAAGUAUCAUCCACAUGUAAUUUACUUUAUUGUAGACAAUGGAAUAAAUAACCAAAUAUUGUCAGUGAAAUAAGCAUUUUUUUUAUAGCUUUAAAACCAGGUCAGACAAAUACCUGUGAGAAUGGGUGAAUGCCAGUAGGCCUACUGUAGGUAUUUUUUUGUGUGUGUGUGUGUGAGGGGUGGAGGGGUCAAAGUGGUUCCACAAAGUAAUUUGUCAAGAGGUAACAUAUUAGGGCAAAAGUAUGAUAAGAAACAUAGGUAAAGGCAUAGUUAUUUUUGAGUGCCUCUGGUCAUCUCAGUAUUAAUUACAAUACUUAACAUGUGAAGUAAAACUACCGUACAGUGGAACCUCGACUUACGAGUUUAAUCCAUUCCUUGACCUAGCUCGUAACUCAGUUUGCUUGUAUAUUAAAUCAAUUUUCCUUAUUUAAAUUAAUUGAAAUGCCAUUAAUCCAUUCCAGCGGAAUUCCUGCUCUCAGGAGGCAGAACAAAAUACUUCAAUUUGAUGCUAAUAUCAACUCGACAGUUUAUUGAUCUAUCAUAGUUCAUCUAAUAUGACAUAAUAAACAAUAUAAUUAGCAUAGAAACAUGAUAAAUACUCUAGAAUGAAUAAAGUACACCUACCAUCCGACUUACGACCGAGCUUGGUUCCAACCAACCGGUCGUAAGUCGAAAUGGACGUAAGUUGAACCUUUGAAAAUUGCCGACAUAUUGGGUAGGGCAUAAUGUCAAAACUUUCCUAUAUAAACUACCUACAUAAUACUGUAAUGUAAUGUACAAUCAUUAUUUCAUUCUUUUUACCAUAAUUUACUUCUAUUGUUGUAUUUUAAUUAUUUAUGUACUGUAUAUAAUGUAUACAUGGUAGUGAUAUGUAUUGUCAAAUUUUACAUCGCAUACAGUAUCAUAUGUUACUAUUAUCUUUAUGUAUUGUCGACACAGUGGAAUGGGAGAAUACCACUGGUAGUGUCAUCCUGGCAGAAUGUUGUGUAACCUAUACCCUAAGUAAAGAGAAACAACUCUGCAACAUGUGUAAUACUUAUCCGGCUGGCUGGCUGGGUUGCCGGGUCGCCGGGUCUGUGGUUGGCCG